AUGCAAUUUGAUGAAAAUGGAAAAGCCGUUAAACAAUACAUUGGAGAAGGUGAACAUGGUCCAAUUAAUUCAUACCGUCAUAAUCCAUAUUCUUAUUUCAAUGAAGAAUUAAAUGCUAUUGAAGAGGGACCGGAUGGAUUACCACGAUAUUCUAACCAGUUUGAUGGUCAAUAUGCAAAUAUUAGACCUGAAAUUUCAGCUAAGAAAUUCUUUAAAGUUGCUUUAUUCGAUCCAGUUUUCGCAAAUGUUAAAGAUGAACUUAAACAGCAAUUCCAACCAAUUAUAGUAGCAAGAAUUGCAUCAGGUGCUUUAUCUCAAGCAUUCAAAGAUUUAAUUAAGAAACCAUUAUAUCAGCAACGAGGUUUAACUUAUGAUUUAGUUAAGGAAUCAGAUAAAAGAAAAUUUGAGAAAUCAGUUGAUUAUAAGAAUGCAAUUAAUGAAUAUAUUAGGUCUAUUAAUUUCGAUGAAAAUGCUAAAAAUCAACUUCAUGAACAAAUACAGGGAAUAAUAGAUUUAAAAGUUCCAGCAAAAUAA